ACAGAGACAUGGCAAGCUUUAUCAGACGAGAUGCUACCGCCGAGUGCUGUGCCUGUGUCGGUGUUGUGGAAAAAGUGUGGCUAAAGGGUGCAUAUCUGCUGCAUAGCCGGACCCAUCGAUUAGCAGGUAGAUCUGAUCCUGCAGUAGUUAAAAGCCUGCCGCUGUUGGCUCUCAGCAUUUCGAACGAUGAGCUACGAGUGGGCGGGUCCCGGCAUAACCGGAAGAUAUGGACCACCGCCGGCACUCCCUCCCCGACCGAGCCGAGAAGUGGCACCGCGUCCCAGCCGCGACCCACCACCAGUUCCGCGUCCGCGCCGAGAACUCAGCCCCGAGCCAGAGCCAGAGUGGUACUGGGGCAACAUCAGUCGCGAGGAGGCCUCCGAGAAGCUCAACGGCCAGCCGGACGGCACGUUCCUGGUGCGGGACUCGCAGACGGCCAGCGGCGAGUACACGCUCUGUCUGCGCAAGGGCGGCAACAACCGGCUCAUCCGCAUCUGCUCCAAAUACGGCAGGUUCGGCUUCUCGGAGCCGUACCAGUUUGACUCGAUGGCGAGUCUGAUCGACUACUACCGACGAGAGAGUCUGCGGGAGUACAACCCCCAGCUGAAUGUGCGGCUCGAGAGGGCGCUGGUGGAGCCACGACCGAUUGGUGACGGCCACACCAUCUCCAGUCUGGUGGAUCAGUUGCGAGACAUGCGUGACGCUUACGACGAGGUGACGGCCGAGCUGGAGCUGCUGGAACGGCGCAGCGACACGCGCUCGUUUGCUAUCGCUAACCAUAAGAAGGCUCAGGAGGCCUACGCUGAGGUGCUCCUCAUGUUUAACGAGCAGGUGCACAUAGCGAAGAAUAUCCGACCAGAGCUCCACGAGCGAGACCAAGUGCAGGAGAACAGGCGUCACCUGGAGCUGCAGCGAGAACGGGUGCAGCAGCUGCAGCACCAGAUGGGACAGGAGCUGCACAGGUGGAUGACGUCCCUGCGCUCCACCGAACGGGACCUGGGCGCCGUCCACCAGCAGGAGCGCCAGAUGAUGCAGGACAUCCGAGACGUGGAGCGGCAGCUGCAGCGGCGAGGCGUCAGCUACGCCCAGCAGGAGACGCUGCUGGCAGGCCGCGGUUCUGAGCCGGCCAGCGGCCACGGCGAGCCCCUCUCCGAACAGCAGGACCGCUGGCUGCUCGAGCGCUGCAACCGCGAUGGCGCCCAGGCCUUGCUUCGCGACAAGCCGGACGGCACGUUCCUGAUCCGCCGGCGCAGUGACCGGCCAGAUAUGUUCGUGCUGUCCAUCUGUGCGCAGGGUCGCGUGGAGCACUGCCCCAUCUUCUGGGGGGAGCGAGGUUACGGUUUCUCACAGCCGUACGCCUUUCAUUCGAGUCUCGGAUCGCUGGUGGAUUACUACCACGAGGAGGGAGACCUGAGCGACUUCAACUCGGUGCUGCCCAAGAGGCUGAUGUACCCGGCGCUGGGUGUGACUGCGGCGUAAAACAUCAGCUGGCUGUGCUCUCACUGAUGUAUU